AUGCGGCUCACUCAGCGCAUAGAUCGCGACAUAUACCAGAUAGUUCUCAAGCUUGAGAACGAUCAGGCUGAGAAGACGGCAAGAACUGGAGAGCCCCCCAAGUUCACCAUCGCUGGGGUCUAUGACAUUAUCAAGAAAUCCAAUUCGAGUUUGGCAAGGGAGAAGAAGAAGCCACUGGAGGACUCCAUCUACCGUGUUCUCCAUUUCAGGAAAGAAGAGCGCAAGAAGGACCAGGCAGAUGACGAAGAUGAGGCUAUGGACGACUUCGCAGAGGAUUCUGCAUCCGCACAACCCAAGGAGCGUGAUUACUUUCUUAUGAACAAGCAACUCACUAAGGGUUGGAACGUGGCAAGGAGAGCGAGAUCACCAGAAGUCAUGGCGACAAGCGGCGCUACUACUCCAGCUGCCGAGGCUGUGGAGUCUGCUGUCGUAACGGCGGACAGGCAAUCUAACGGCGAGCCUAAAGCCAAGAAGCUGAAGACGCGACAGGUGAAGGAGAAGGAACCUGUAGAUCGCACGCCGCCCGCGGGUGUCUCGCUGGAAGAUCUCGGUGGCAUGGAAGAUGCUAUCGAGCUUCUUUACAAUGAAGUUACCUGGCCAAUGUGUUAUACCGGGAUGUAUACAUCUGCCAAUGUUAAGCCAACCCGUGGCGUUCUCUUGCAUGGUCCGCCAGGUUGUGGCAAAACAAUGCUCGCUAAUGCUUAUGCGGCGGACCUUGGUGUUGCAUUUAUCCCGGUUUCUGCACCUGCCUUGGUAGCUGGAAUGUCUGGAGAGUCUGAAAAGAAGAUCCGGGAGCUCUAUGAAGAGGCAAAGUCACUUGCGCCGUGCCUUGUCUUUAUCGAUGAGCUCGACGCUAUCAUGGGCAAGCGUGAAAACGCCCAGAGAGAAAUGGAAAAGCGCAUAGUGGCACAAAUGCUGACUUGCAUGGACGAUCUUAGUCUGGACAAAACUGGUGGCAAGCCUGUGAUUACCCUUGCUGCAACGAACCGGCCGGACAGCAUUGAUCCCGCCCUCCGAAGAGCUGGACGUUUCAACCGGGAAAUCAACAUAGGCGUGCCAAGUGAGGAAGCACGUUUGUCUAUUUUACAAGCACUGACACGGAAGACGAAGCUUUCUACCGAGGUUGAUCUCAAGAUUGUCGCUAAGUUGACCCCUGGUUUUGUUGGAGCCGAUCUAGAGGACGUGGUGGGCGUUGCCUCUGCCGACAUGAUGAAACGCACGAGAGAAGUAGUCGAAGUACGAGCUGUCGAAGAGCUGGGCGCUAGCGCUGAUGAUACUCGUGAUUACGAUGGCUUGAGCCCCCGACUUGCAGAUAUCCUCCGGAAACAAGCAGCCGCGAAGCUCGCAAUGAACACACAAUUACCCGAGGUUGACUUGAUGCUUCUACAAGAGGACUUUAUAAAAGCGGUUUCGAAGGUACAGCCUUCCUCGAAAAGAGAAGGUUUCACGACGAUACCAGAUACAACAUGGGCUCAGGUCGGUGCUUUACAUAAGGUACGAAAGGAGCUCUCGCUGGCCAUUACUCGGCCUAUCGAUACGCCAGAGCUCUUCGCGCAGUUUGGAUUCCAGUCGCCUUCUGGCGUACUAUUAUGGGGCCCGCCUGGUUGUGGUAAAACACUCCUGGCAAAGGCAGUCGCCAACGAAGCAAAGGCAAACUUCAUUUCCGUCAAGGGUCCAGAGCUCCUCAACAAGUAUGUGGGAGAAUCAGAACGCUCGGUCCGUCAAGUGUUCACUCGAGCUCGGUCUUCGGCGCCUUGCAUCCUGUUUUUCGAUGAGCUGGAUGCCCUGGUACCCCGUCGUGGUGACGCUAUCGCAGAGUCUAGUGCCAGGGUAGUGAACAUGCUGCUUACUGAACUGGAUGGCAUGGAUAACAGGACUGGUGUUUAUAUCAUUGGAGCUACCAACCGCCCAGACAUGAUCGACCCUGCUAUUCUUCGGCCUGGACGCCUGGGCACCUCCGUCUUCGUGGAUCUUCCAGAUGAUGAAGGGCGGAUCGAUAUCCUAAAGACGCGUGUCCGAAACGCUCUUCCCCUGACGUCUGAAGAACAGUUAACGGCCUUGGAACCUAUUGCGCGUCGCUGUCACGGUUUUAGCGGUGCUGAUCUGGAAAACCUACUAAUCGCUGCCGCUAAGGCGGGUGUUGAACGGUUUGACCACGAAGGAGGAGAAGCCAAACUUACACUGGCAGACUGGGCGGCUGCAACAGAAACUGUCAAGCCAUCAGUGUCGGAACAAGCGUAUAAGAAGUUUGUUAGGUUGAGAGACAGUGGAUGGAGCUAG